CCCGGCUCUCCUGAUACAAACAAUAUAUUUGGAGAACCAUUGCUGAAUCCUCGGGUUGGAGACGAGUACCAAGUUGCCAUUCCUUCUAUCAUCACAGAAUCCGAGCAUCUUGAGCUGUUGGCUAACCCUCUUGAUUGCAGAAGUGCUAACGUUUCCCAUUCCUUUCUAGUGGGUUUACCCAUCCCGAUUGCGUGGUUUCAUGAUGAAGAGAAUGAUAAUGAGGGUGGAGGGUCGGGAUUUCUUAGAAACUCUGAUGACACAGUUGAUGCAAAGAGGUUUGUAGAAGCUAGAAAUGGCAAAAAGGAUCAAACUCCGUUUAGGAAGAAAAGUUUAGAACUCAAUGUUGAAGAAAAUUCUGAGUCCAUGAGGGCAGAAACGAACUUAAAUAAGUUAAAAGGAAGCAAAAACUAUUACCCGGUUCCUGGCUUAUCAACUAACCCUUGGAGUGGUUCUGAUGUGGAUAGUUUUCUUCUUGGCUUAUAUAUAUUUGGAAAGAACUUUUUUCAGAUUAAAAGAUUCAUGGGGAGCAAAGACAUGGGAGAGAUACUAUCAUUUUACUAUGGGAAGUUUUAUAGGUCUGAUGCAUACCGGAGAUGGUCAGAUAGCCGGAAGAUCAAAAGAAAAAAAUGUGUUACUGGAAGGAAAAUUUUUACUGGGUGGAGGCAACAAGAGUUGUUUUCUCGUUUGUCUUCACAUAUCUCAGAGGAAUCUCAAACCUCAUUACUUGAGCAGGGCUGUAAGUCAUUUGCUGAUGGGCGAAUUUCAUUAGAAGAAUAUGUCUCCGCUUUAAAAUCUAGUGUUGGAAUUCCUGUACUUGUGAAAGCAGUGGCAAUUGGUAAAGGAAAAGAGGAUCUCACAGGUUUUGCUAUGGAGCCUGGAAAGGGCAAUCAUGACAGUUUAGUUUGCCCCAAUUUACCAAGUGGUCAGGAUUGCUCCUCACUCACAUCCAAGGACAUAGUAAAGUUACUAACUGGAGGGUUUCGGUUGAGCAAAGCUCGAUGCAAUGAUAUCUUCUGGGAAGCUGUUUGGCCUCGGUUGCUAGCAAAAGGGUGGCACUCCGAGCAACCAGGAGAUCAGGGCUAUAUCAGCUCCAAACACUACCUGGUUUUUCUUGUGCCGGGAAUAAAGAAAUUCUCAAGAAGGAAACUUGUGAAGGGAGAACACUACUUCGACUCUGUUAGUGAUGUCUUGAACAAAGUGGCAUCUGAACCGAAACUUCUUGAGCUGGAAACUGAAGAAUCUUCUGUUGGAGCCCGAAAUGAACAAGAUUCCUGGUCACCAGAGGUGGGGUCAGAUCAGGAUGAUCCAUCUGAUUCUCGACGCCAUUGCUACCUUAAACCUCGAGUUUCUACUUCAAGUUCGAGCCAUAUGAAGUUUACUGUUGUAGAUACCAGCUUGUUUUGUGGAGGAAAAUCAUCCAGCAUAAGAGAACUUAGACAUUUACCAGCUGAAUUCAAACUAACUUCCAAACAGACCAAUCAUUCAACGGGAGAUGAAGGGGAUUCUUCUGAGGAUAAUUUGGAUGAAUUCGAGACCGCUGAAAAGCCUUUCCACAGUGAAAAGGCCAAGCACCAUAACGGUAUGUCUGACAAAACUGGUCCAAUUUUUAUGAAAUUAACUGUUGUUGAUACCAGUCGAGUCCAUGAAGGAAAACCGUCAAAGGUGAGAGAAUUGAGAUGUUCGCCAGUGGUAGUUAAAAGAGCUUUCGAUAUGACUGCUAUUUUGAGAAAAACUGAAAACUUUGAGGAUUCAUCAGGGAGGCAUGAAAAAGAUGCAGCUGAUAUUCCAUCAAAAGGUAAAAGAAAAAUUUUGAAAUCAAAUUCCCACAAGGAUAUACGUGACAGUGCUUGUAAAAACCAAAUGGCAACAAAAAAGAAUUCGGAUACUGCAGAUAAAGUGGAGACCCAACAGGAUCAGAAUACUUGCAUUUUUGAUGAAAAGCAUUUGAAGACUGUACUGCAUCAAUUUAAACGGAGAGCAAAAUCUGGGCAUUCAGAUUUUGUAGUUCCUGUCGUCAAGAGACGAAGAUUAACUGCUUGUGCGAAGGAAAAGAUGUCCGACCUCUCUCAGAAUUGUUCCCAAGGUUUGGAGUCAAAACAAGUGAAACUCCAUGGGACAAUCAGCUCAUCUGAAAUGGGCAAGAACGUUUCUGAAGUACGUCCUCAUGAGGAGUCAUCAAUUGUUUUUCCAGCUGAAAGCAAUGCAGAAGAAGAUAUGCAUUCAAAAAUUAUGAGGCGGAAUUCUGCUGCCGUGCACACGUCUGAAGGACAAGAGGACAAACAUCAAUCUGAAGCACCGAAUGACCAAAAACCACCACCCGAGGAUCUGCUAAACUCCAGAAACACUGAAAUGCUAAUUGAGGAGGUACAAGGCAGCAAGAAAGCAAAUACAUAUGGUCAUCGCUCUUCUUCUAAAGAAAAGGAGCUUGUUUCAGAGACACUGAAAGCUUCUACUACUGCCAAUACUUCAAAGCAGAACCCCAUCGUGAAUAGAAGGCAAAGCACAAGGAACCGACCAUUGACCGCCAGAGCCUUGGAGGCUCUCGCCAACGGGUUCUUAAAUGUACAGAGGAGGUCAAAAAGUGCAGACAUCCUCGGAGGAGAAAAUCUUUUCUCGAGUCCCUUCAGGAAGGCCCGUAGCAAAGCCAAAGUAGCUCCAAGUAGUCAUGGUAAUGCUGUCACUGGAGCUGUGGCUUCAAGGGAAGACAAAGAAGUGAAUGGAGCUUGUGAUGUAAAAGAAAAAUCUGAUUAGCAAACCACCUGAUCAAGUUGAAGGAAAGUGGCCCGCUAACCAUUAGGAAUUACGGGUGCCUCUUGUUCAUCUUGAAGCCUUGAUUUUCACAGGCAAUUGUUUUGAUGAAGUGUUGAACUCUUUUUUGUACUUGCAAUUUUGAGUUUGCUGUGGAAGAACUGCAAAGGUGGUUAGCGUCUAUCCUUCUGAUUAGUCCAAGAUUCAAAAUUGUAAUUGAUAAAUAUAGUCAUGAAGCAGCCAAUUUGUAUGGGGAGAAAGUGGUUUCUAGAGAGAGCUAAAAAAACAAAAUUAUAAUC